ACAUCACGUUCGACGAGACUGAUAGUACCCCGCCGGUAUUGGCAUCCGUAUAUAAGCCAUUAUAACGCUCUUCGGUGACAUCCAUCAUCGUCGCUGGUCGAUCGCGUGUCAAUUCCGUCCCCGCGUAGAUGAACCCGCGGCCGCGGCACGCGACUUCGCGAUCCCCGCCGAUACCGCCGCCGUCGUCGCCGUCGACUCGUCGCUCCGUCCACGAGCGGACGAGUGGCGUCGCGAGAUCUCUACGCACCGCGGACGAGAUGUGAAGACGUCGCCUUGGAAGCGAUGUGGCUUCCGUUGGUGCUGCUCGCCUUGAUGGCGAGCGGUUCCGCCUGUCCGGAUCUCUGCGAGUGCCAUCAAAAUGACAUCGCGAAGGAAGAUGCGCCGGCUUUGUUAGACGUGACGUGUCGCGGACGCGUACCCGGCCUAACGGAAAUGCCCGCGGAAGUGAGAAGUUUGUUGGUGGAUAGCGUCGAGGCGGCCGACAUCGCCGUCUUCUUCGACGAUCUCGAGACUGCCGACUUGGUGAACGAUUUCGGAAUGAUCGGCGCUUCGGCGGAUAAUCCGAAGACGAACGAUACGUCGGCGACGAAUGACACGUCGGAGAUGAACGAUACAUCGUCGGACGAGCUGAGAAACACAACGGAGACUCUACCGUACUUAGUCGAGUUCGCAGUGACAAAUUGCUCGUUGGUGUCCUUGAACGCGUCGUGGCGCGGUCUCGAGCGUUUGAGAUCGUUAAAUCUGUCGUGUAACAACUUGCCGCGAAUAAAAAAUGUGUUACCGAUAAGCACGAUGAAUCUCAGCGAGCUAACAUGCCUCGAUCUGUCGGAUAACUCGCUGUCGGACAUAAGUGUCGGGUCUUUCAGGACGCUUGUCGGCCUCGUGCGAUUGAGUUUACGCAAAAACGCGAUCGCCACGGUGCACGAGAACGCGUUUCGCGGUCUCGACCGGCUGGAAUUUCUCGAUCUGUCGGACAACAGGUUGGCGGACUUGCCGGAUAGCGCGCUCACGCCGCUCUACUCCCUGCAGAAACUCGAUCUCAGCGGCAACCAGCUGCAAGUUUUAGGCGCCAGGUGGUUCGAAAGUCUCGAUAGAUUGAGGGAACUCGAUGUCUCGCGAAAUGGAUUGGCCAGAGCGGCCUCGGGCACGCUGCAACCGUUAUCGGGACUGUCUGUCCUAAGACUCGCGGAAAAUCCGCUGAAAGAGAGGGAUGUAUCGCUAUUAUUAGGUACCGGAAGAAGAUUGGAGACAGUCGACGCAUCGCGCACCGGAUUGGCGAGAGUUCCGGCCGCUCUAACGAGAUCGGUGAGGGCUCUGAGACUCGCCGGCAAUCGACUGACUACUAUUCGCAGCGGCGAUUUGGACAGCUACCCUCUGCUACGUAUGCUAGAUAUCGCCGACAAUCGUCUGAUGGAUAUCGAGAACGACGCUCUAGGACGAUUGGAGGUUUUGGAGGAGCUUGAUCUGUCUGGUAACAUUUUGUCAAAGGUGCCGGGAAGUUUACCGAGCAGUCUGACGGUAUUGAAACUGCAGCGAAACGCAAUAAUCGCGCUGCAGCUCGACGAUCUCAAUGGGCUGUACAAUCUGCGAUCGUUAAUAUUGAACGAUAACGACAUUGGCGAGAUCGAAGUGGGCGCGCUCGGUCAACUGCCUCUGCUCGCUGAGCUGGAUCUAUCCGAUAAUCCUAUCAAAGCGUUAUCAACUAAUACCCUAAGUGGACCGGGUAAUCUGGCCAAGCUCCGGAUGUCGGGGUUAACGUCGCUCGAACGACACCAGGAAGAACAAAGUGACAUGGCGUUCCCAGUGCCAACCCCAGAGAGACUAAUAACGCUGGAUGUGUCCCGCAGUCCGGUACUCGCGGGACAAUUACUAGCGGAUGACGCGGCACUGUCCGCCUGCAAGAGCUUGAUAGAGCUGAAUCUCUCGGCGACCAACAUCAGCACCGUCAGAUCCGAUCUGGCGUACAAGUUACCGCAGCUGCGCGUUCUUAGGCUCAGCGAGAACCAUUGGAACUGCACGGAAGAGCUCUACUGGCUAGGCGAGUGGAUCAGGCAGCACCGCGAGUCGAAUCAGCAGCACAGCCCGGCCCAGUGUUCCGGUCCGCGAAAAAUGGCGGGAUUAUUUUUACACGAGCUACCACCGCCGCCAAAUUUCGUUUCCACGACAGCGGGCGCCGUCAUCUCGACGACGACGACGACGACGACGACGGCAACGGCGAGCACAUCGGUUACCCUAUCUGUCGUCGUCACGCUCGAGCAUACGUCGCAUACUGAUCAGCCAAACGUCACGGUGUCUUCCAAUAUCGGAGCUGCAAAUUCCGAUCGCAACGUCACGGAUCUUUCCACGCUAUCUCACGCAAACGCGAAAACCGAAUCGAAAAUCAGAACGGCGGCUGACGCGGAUGUUUCUCCACCCACGCAAGACGUCUCCACAACAGAAACGUCGUCGAAAAAAGCGCCGCAAGUUUACGAGGCGCCGACGUCCUUCCGCAACGUAACGUCGUCGAUGACGCGGACGAGCAGGGAACCGAGUCGAAAGAGCGAUAAAACAAAUCGUAUCUCGAUGGAUCAGAAUUUAAUCAAGCACGCCGUCAUCCCGGCCUCUCGAGCGCCGAGCGCCGACCCCAAGCUAUCCAUUACGGAGAUGGAAGACGCGGUGUCGCGCUCGCAAACUUUCGAUAACCGGGGCGACAGUGGGGUGGAAAAAAAAAGUAGAAUGAGCAAACCUGCCGCGUCGAGUAGUAUCGGCGAGAGCGCCUCGUCCGAAGCGUCGACGAACAUGGAGAAAAAAAGCGCCGAGAAGUACGCGAGCAGAAUAAACGCGACGCGGGAGAACGCGGUGCUAGACGAUCGCGACGCGAAGACGAUAGCGGAAGAACUGAAUAGUCGAGCGACCGAUUCCGGUGCUAGAGUAUCCGAGGCUCUAUCCGCCGGUGCUCAUCCCGGGAUGCUGGUGCUAGUCGGCGCGGCUCUAGGCGCCGUCGCGGCGCUGACUGUCGUCCUCUCGCGAAGAGCGACGGUGCACCGGACGGACAGGUAUCAUCGUCACGAGAAUAUCGAGGUGCACACUCUCACGCCUACUACGGAGCUUUGGUGACCGGAGUCGGAACACGUCCAACUGUUCGAGAGAGACAGGCGAUCGAAUGCUAAAAAUCGCGAUCAAGAAGCGUCGGUGCCGCCCGAUCGGUCGCCGAAAUCACGAUUGGUCGACGUGUGUUUGAAAAAAAUUUUGAAAUAACUCACGGGUGAUGUCAUGCGUAGUUUUGUCAUUGUGAAACGAGAUCUAAGUGGAUCUGCCGAUCAGUCUAACUAAAGUGUUAAUCGGAAAGUUCGGAGGAUCCUCCUGACUGCGGAAACCACGAGAGAGGGACGAGCGACUAAACGUCGAAGUUGCAAACGAGAUACUCCGAACUGAUCCGUAUCGCUUCGGAAACCGCCAAUACGCUACGGAUUACCAAGCAAUUUUGCAAAAAAAUAACAAAUUAUUCAGACGUGACUUAAAACUUCCGCAAUCUACAAAUGGAAAAGCGAACGACCGUCGGGAGACUAUCGAGACUGUCGAAAAUCUACAGUGCAUAAUUAAAGACAGAUAUUCAUAUGACUAUCUAACGGUAUAAACAAGUGUUACUUCUACAAGCAAUCGCAAGUUACUUCUAAUCGCAUAUCUGGUUAAUCAAAUUCUUUGCAAAUCCCAUACGACUCAUUAUGUAAAAUCAUUCAGAUGUCGAUAUCGGUACAGUAUCUACUCAACGAAAAUUAUCCGAUGAUAACACUGUUCAAACUCCAUCAACGACGGAGAUGCGAACGUCAAGUGCUGUAACCAAGACGUUAAAAGCACGGACGAGGAUCACCGCGCCAUUUCGUAUAAAUUCUGACGUAUAUAAACACAUCCGAAACUGCAACAUGCGUCGUCCGCCGGGAAAUAUACUGGAUGCAUACCGCGAACUAAAAACUCGGGGAAAAAUCGCGUGCAGAAAAUUCGACACAAUUUCGUAUGUACAUCGCAAUGGAUCGACGCCGCACUGAAACCUCAAUUUCCUUCAUAAUAAAUGCCAAUCGUAGAAAGAAACGAAUAAAUAAAUAAAAAAAGCAAAAAAAAAAAAAGAAAAACUAGAAAUAAUAAUUCGCGUGAGAACUCUAAACCCGUCAAAAUCCUCGACGUCGGUGUUUGUAUUCUGAUCUCGGUAUCGCGCAUAGGCGGCCAUCGCAGACGUGUCAUAAUCGAGUGGCAAUAAUCACGAACGAGCGGGCUUACCGAUUUAGCUAAUUGGCUGGGGUCAGACCGAUAAAUUGGACACAGUGACAAUAAUAAUGGUUUACACGCCGCGCUUCAAGAGCUUGACUCUUCGCGGUACGCUCAAUUCCUGAGAAGACUAUAUUGUGAAAUGAAGUGCGAGUGUAAUAAAAGUAGGAAGAGAAAGCAUAAGACUAGAAAAAAGAUAGAAAAACGUGGACAUGGUAAAGAUGCAGAUAGGGCAGCGCCAAAAUAAUGCAGAAUGUAGGAGUGGAGGGGCGAGAAAUUCGCGGUGGCAAAUAGUAUGCUUGAAUGAUAAAACCAGAUGGGAAGCGAGAGCGACUGCUAGACGGAAAAACUUUUAUCGAACGGCGUGUGUGUGUGUGUGCGUGUGCGUGCGUCUGUAUGCGCGAAGGAGAGAUCGAGAGAAUCGAGUGAACGUAAAAGAGAGAAAGAAGAGAGAAAGAGAGAAAGAAAAUUCGAGACAUUUUCUCGAAUGCAGCAAAACGGGAUGUACAGAAAUAUUGCUUCCGUACUUAAUUUCACUAAGCUUGGUGAGCUCUGUCGAGACUUCUUAACAAAUACAAAAACGAAAGAAAGAAUGCGUGCAAGCGAGGGGGGAGAGAGAGAGAGAGAGAGAGAGAGA